GUUCAGAUUAGGUUUUAUCAAUCAUAAUCUGAUGUUUGCGUCUGGUCUGGUCUGGUCUGGUCUCCUCUCCAUCAUCCGCGGACUGUAUGUCAAAUCUUACGCUGUGUCAGCAUCACUUUACCUCUGAAGUGGACUAACCUACUGUCCUGCGGACCCACGAGCUGGUGAGGAAGACGAUCAACCGCUGGAUCGAUGCUCCCUAAUCCUAGCCUUGCAUGCCAAAGCACUCACAACCCACUCCACUACUGUCUCCCCGCAAUCUCGAAUCGAACAAAUUCAGCGUUUCUUCUGACUCUUCUGGCACUUUGCCGCCUCCGUCUAUUUCUUCUCCCAAGAUCGAAUCUUGUUGUUAAUAUCUAUCUACCUACCGACGGUACUGUACAUCUCAACUACAGAAAAUUGCCUAAGGGUCUACGCAUCAUUGAAACACUGCUUCGCUUCAGUCAACUUACCCUACGAACCGAGGUACUUUUGUACAUACAUGUCGAACCACCGAACGGCACCCAGAUUUUCAACCGCCAUUUCUGUCAACUGAUCAGUGGAGCAGAAAAAAAAGCUGGGGCAGGAGUUCCAGUUCGGUGCAGGACGGUCCGGCGAUUGGUGUCUAUCACGUCCACUUCGACCCCAAAAAUCCACCACUUUGCUCCAGACUGCAGCUCUCAUUUGAUCUCCCGCACGCCUCUCUCUCUAUCUUCACGAUAUCGGCACAGGUACAGUACAGCAGCAGCAGCUCCUGGUCCAAUAUCUUAUUGCAAAGCCAAAGAAGCAGCAGCAGCAGCAGCAUCCGCGAUUCUGGCCGACGGAAUGCGCCCGGCGCUCUCAUUCGUCUUUAUGAUGUGACGAUCCUAUUUGCUCGAUACACCCCUCACUCUCCCGCCGCCAUCGACGUUUGGUUUUUCCUCUCGCGCUCGCCUGCUGGAGUCCGAACAUCAUGUCCGC